ACUGACGCACAGUGUUCGGUUGAGGGGUGGGUAGUGGUUGCCACAGGCGUACACGAAGAGGCACGCGAAGAAGAGGUGCUGGACUUUUUCUCCGACUACGGCAAGGUGCGCGGUCUGCACCUGAAUCUUGACCGCCAGACCGGUUUCGUAAAGGGCUACGCGCUGGUCGAGUAUGAAAAGCUAACCGAGGCUGAGGCAGCUGUCAGCCGGGGGUCGGGCAAGCGGUUCCUUGGACAGGCUGUCCAGGUGGACUUUGCGUUCAUCAAA